UUUUUCUCCCUUUUUUUUUGGUUUUUUUUUUUUUACACCCUCUGAUUUUAAGAAUGGAUCAAGCUUUAAAAAGUAUAAAGCGAAUAUCCUAUUUCGAUGAAUACGCAGACACGCCAAAUACAUUAACAAUUUACAUUCAAGAGAUGUUAGAUGCUGCUUAUGGUUGUUAUAUUUGGCCUUCAGCAUUAGUCAUGGGUGAAUUUGUUUGGUAUAAUCGUCAUCAAUUUACAAAUAAAACUCUACUCGAAGUGGGCGCAGGCACAUCAAUACCUUCUCUUGUACUUUCCAAAUCAACGAAUGCAAAACUAAUCAUAAGUGAUAUGCCAAAUAUUCUACCUGUUAUUGAAGGCUGUUUACAACUUAAUUGUUUAAAAGACGAUAUUGGUAGGAUAUGGGUUCGAGCACUUGAAUGGGGAAAAUUCAAUACAGACACAAGCAUUGAUAGAUUACUACAGACUGUUGAAAGUAAAUGGCCGAAAACGAAAAUAGAUUUUAUAUUUGGUAGUGAUACAUUUUAUGAGCCAUCACACUUUGAAGAUUUGCUUAUGUCGGUUUCUUUUAUUAUGCAUCAUCAUAAUCCUAACUGUAAAUUUUUCACAACUUAUCAAGAAAGAAGUCCAAAAAGAAGUAUACAGUAUUUAUUAGAUAAAUGGAACUUAAAGUGUAGAAUGAUUUCAAAAGACUCAUUCUUUCAAGAUGUAAAAUACGUUGAUCCAGAAGACGAGUCAUCGGAAGUCAAAGUGAAUGCUGGAACACUAUAUAGUAUAUUUUUAUUGGAAAUAACAAAGCAAUGACUGUUUUUUCUCUAUAUAAUUGUGGCUUACUUUUAAUACAUAUU